UCCUGGCCAUCGAGUCGAGCUGAUCGAGAAAAGACAAGGAAGAGACUGGGCCACAAUGCAGCUGAGAAUCUUUAUGAGGUAUUUGAUCCUCGCGACAACAUUAACCGUCACGCUUGCUACGUUUGGUAAAGAGCACGUGCAUAUUAGGAUCCACGUGCCAGAGAUAAUUCAACACGAGGAAAAGAAGAUAAUAAAAUACGAGGAUCACGGUGGACACGAUCAUGGAGGUGGAGGAGGAGGAGGUGGGGGAGGAGGUGGUGAUCAUACAAUAAUAAUCACAUCACCUGGAGGUGGCCAUGGAGGAGGAUUUGGAGGAGGACAUGGAGGCGGAUUUGGUGGAGGACAUGGAGGCGGAUUUGGUGGAGGACAUGGAGGCGGAUUUGGUGGAGGACAUGGAGGAGGUGGUUUUGGCGGGCAUACCAGUUUUGGAGGUGGCGGCCAUGGAGGUGGCCAUGGAGGUGGCGGUGGUUUUGGAGGUGGCCACGGGGAUGUUAUAAUAUCAAGUUCCGGAGGCGGUUACGGAGGUGGUGGAUAUGGAGGCGGCGGUGGUGGAUCAAUUAUCGAGCAUCAUGGUGGCGGAGGGGGAUUCGGUGGAGGCGGUGGCGGAGCAAUUAUCGAGCAUCAUGGUGGUGGAGGAGGAUACGGAGGAGGUGGUGGCGGAGCCAUAAUUGAGCAUCAUGGCGGUGGAGGAUUUGGGGGCGGAGGCGGUGGAUACGGAGGUGGAGGGGGACAUGGAGGUGGAGGAGGAAUCAUCGAACAUCACGGUGGCGGUGAAUACGGAGGUGGAGGCGGAGGUUCGAUGAUCAUCACGGCGGCGGAGGAUUUGGAGGCGGAGGUGGAUACGGAGGCGGUGGAGGAAUCAUCGAACACCAUGGUGGCGGAGGUUUUGGAGGUGGAGGCGGAGGAUACGGAGGCGGAGGAUUCGAUGACCACCACGGUGGUGGAGGUUUCGGUGGUGGUGGUGGUGGUGGUUUUGAUGAUCACCACGGUGGAGGAGGAUUUGGAGGUGGAGGUGGAGGCGGAUAUGGAAAUAGUGGCGGUGGAUUCGAUGCACACCAUGGCGGAGGUGGUUUUGGAGGUGGUGGAUUCGAUGAUCACCAUGAUGGCGGAGGGUUUGGAGGAGGCGGUGGAUUCGGAGGUGGUGGCUAUGGUGGUGGCGGUGGUGUCGAACACCAUGCUAUUAGCAACAGUAUAUCGUCAGGAUUCGGCAGCAGCGGACAUGGCGGCGGUGGUGGUGGUGGCGGCGGUUUCUCAGGCUACCAUAAGAAAAAAUAAGAACGAUCGAUGGAUUAAGAACUGUCGUAUUUCCGAUCGUAUUUGACCGACUUUUGAUAUCGAAACGAUCAAACGUUCCUUGUGCCGUGUUUUCAGCGCACGAUCACGUGAUUCUCGAUCGUCACAGCACUGCCAGUACAUAAUUGAACGCCGAUUCAAAACGAUCGUUCCGAUUUCCCCUCAUUCUCGACGACCGACUUGUUUUCCCUCUUGUCGAUAGACUUCGAGAGACUCCAUUUGUCAUUUUCACUUUCGUUUUUAGAUGCACGGAUUUCAUGUUAUCCUGUGAUGUUGCACGUAGCAGAGGAAAUGGAAAGUUUUAGAAAUUCGAUCCAGCAAAAUUAAUAUAGCCAUAGUAUCGACCAUGUCGAUUUAGCGCGCCAAGUGAAAUCGUAAUAAAAAGAAAAGACGGUUAAUUUUUUUAAUGUAAUAGAAGAAUUUU